AUGGCCAGUCCAACGUCCACCUCACCACCGCUGAAACAUGAGGCCUGGGCAUCCCCCAAGCUGUGGGCAGAAGCCCAUCCCAGCCCGGACCCGCUUCUGUUCCUGCAGGCCCUGUAGACACUGUGGUCCACGCGGGAGCUGCGGCAGCUCCGGGAGGAGGCCCGGCGGGGCUUUGCGGCCCUGGCCGACCCGCGGAUGGUGCUCCUGGACAUGCUGGAGAGCAGCAGGGGCUGGCGGCGGAAGGGCCCCUCCCUGGAGGCCUGGCUCACCUGGGAGCUGGCGCACUGGCUGCCCGCACAGCCGCUCCCAAGGCUGGCCCAGGGCAGCUCGGGGCCAAAGCAGCUGCAGGCCCGUGCAGUCAGGGUCCUCGCUGAGAGCCCCUCUGGUCUCGUGGAGCCGCUGGCCAGCAUCUUCCAGCUGCAGGACGCAGACCGGGGCCCCCUGCUGACUCACGUCCACUGGCUCCACCAGGAAGGCAAGUUCAAAGAAGCUGCUCUGCUGGGCCUGAAGCUGAGGCUGCAGCCCCUACUCGAUGUUGAAAAGGUGAGCACUCCGCUGCUCCUGCAGGACAGGGUGGCCAUCGCAGAGCGCUACGUAGCCGGCUUCCCAGACCUCCAGAGGAGGCUGCUGGCCCUCCUGGACUCCUGGUGCCAGCCCGGCUUUGACAUCAGAGUUGUGGCCAGGUGACUCCCACAGGUGACUCCCCUGCGGCUAGAGAGGCUAAGCCCCAGAGUGCUGAGUCGGCAGGGGCGUAGGGUGCAGGCCCUGUCCUGCCCUGAGCUCUGUGGUCUUUCCACAGCGCUGUGUCCCCACACCGUCGCUCAGCAGCGCCUGGCGGCCCUGCGCCACCUGUGUCGUGGAGGUAAUUGUCCCUCACUCUUGCAGGGUAGCUGGUGUCGGGAGAACUGGACUGAGCACAUGCAGGCCCUGGUGGGACAGGACGACCAGCUGCAGGACGAGCUGCUGCGGUGGCUGGCCUCUCCCGACAACCAGGCCGUGGCCGCCCAGUGCGCCCUGGACCUCUUGCUGCCUGAGGCACAGCUGCCAGUCGUGGCCGCUGAGCUCCCCCGGCUCAGACUCCAGGGGCGGGCUGCUGAGGUGCGUUCCGAGAGCCGAAGGGAUGAUGUCUACCAGCUGCCCAUCGCCAGCGGGGACAUCCAUUUCCCGGCCUCCGGGGAGGACCUAGCCAGGCAUGAGGAGGAGCUCCUGCAGCCCGGCCAGGUGCUCGCUGUGGAUCCGGAGUGGCGACCCUCAUUUGGCACAGGGGGCCGGCCCCAGGCAUCCAUCCUGCAGCUGGCGGUGAAGGGCCAUGUGUUCCUGCUGGACCUGCCUGUGCUCUCACGGCCAGUGGGAGGGCAGGUGUCCCAGGCCUUCUCCAGGCUGGUCUCCCAGAUGCUCUCGGAUCCCUCCAUCACUAAGUUGGGUUACGGGAUGUCAGGGGACCUUCGGAGCCUGGGUGCUUCCUGCCCUGCCCUCGCUCACAUGGAGAAGCAGCUGCGGGACAGUGUAGAUCUGCUGCAGGUGCACAGGCAGAUGCGGGUGGGAGAUAAGCCAGCUCUAGGCAGAGGUGAGGCCACGGGGCUGCGGGGCCUCAGCCUCCUGGUGCAGCAGGUUCUGGGCAAGCCCCUGGACAAGGCGCAGCAGCUCUCUAACUGGGACCGGCGGCCGCCGAGUGAGGGGCAGCUGGUGUACGCAGCUGCUGAUGCCUACUGCCUGCUGGAGGUGUACCAGGCUCUGUGCAGAGAACCUGCCCGGUUCUGCCUGUCUGAGGACCUAGCCAGGAGCCUGAGGCCAGCGAGCAGUGAGAGGUCAGAGGCCUGGGAGCCGCCCGGCCUGCAGGAGGCCUCAGCCUUGGCUUGGCCGGCUCGGCCCUCAGAGCUCUCACCCCCAUCAAGACCAGGGAGGGGGUCAGGGGCCCGCGGGCUGCUGAGCCAAGCCGUGUGGCAGGAGCCUGUGGCUGAGAAGCAGGACACCGCCCCUGAGGUCCCCGUCAGGGCGUUCCGUGCAGUGUGUGACAGCAUGCUCCAUGGGCUGGCCCGGAGCCUGCGAUGCCUGGGGGCCGACGUGUUGACGCUGGGCGCCGGCGAGGACCACCGCAGGGCUGCGGAGGUUGCCAGGCAGGAGGGAAGGAUCAUCUUGACCUCAGGGCUGCCGUACCACAAGCUCCGGGCCCAGGUCGGGGCUGGGCGCUGCGUGUCGGUAGAUUGCUCCCUCAGGGCCCAGCAGCGGGCAAAGGCCGUGCUCAAGCAUUUCAACGUGCGCGUCACCCCUGCCGACAUCUUCAGCCGCUGCCAGGCCUGUAACUGCGACCAGUACCUGAAGGUCUCCAAGGAGAUGAUGAAGCAGCUGGUGUGGCUUGGCAGCCACCGGGAAGGCCCCAGAUUGGCAGGUGAUGAGGCCAGCCCCAGCGCAGACUUACAGGAGGCAGGCUCAGCCCCGGAGGAGGCCCCUGGGAGCUGCACCCAUGACCUGCCCUGCCGCUGGCUGGAGGCGGCCGAUCUGCAGUCCCACGCGCCCGCCGUCCUGCGCAACGGCACCUGACUGCAGCUGGCGGGGGUCCCGGAGGGUGUGCUGCAGCGGCAGGGCCCACGCCCCUUCUACUGCUGCACUGGCUGUGGCAAGGUCUUCUGGGAGGGCUCCCACCUGGGCCGCAUCACCACACAUUUCCUCGAAGUCCUGGAUGGGGCCUCCAGGCCCUGCCGCCCCCCGCCCUAUCCUGUCAGCGGCCUCCCCUGA